CGUGAUAAUCUGCAGUCAUGUAACAUAAAUAAACCCCUCUGCCACCUCGUGUGUCUUCGUCUGUAACUCUCACCUGUUUCCCAGUAACUCGCCCCAUACCAGUACACUCUUCUCAUCAUGCCUAAAGCCCUGGUAAUCACUGCGCCCGGUAGUCGCGACGUGGUGGAACGCCCUAUCCCCACUCUGCCCGACGACUGUCUUCUGGUCAAGACAGUUAGUGUCGCUCUCAACCCUACCGACUGGAAGAGCGCCGACCGGAAACCUCCUGGACAAGUCAUUGGGAAUGAUUACUCCGGCGUCGUCGAAGAGGUCGGCAAGGGCGUCAAGAAAGCCUUCCGCAAGGGCGACCGUGUUUGCGGUUGGGUCCAAGGAUGCAAUUCUAACAAUCCGGAAAGUGGAGCCUUUGCUGAAUACUGCAUCCCCAAAGCUGAUCUUCAGAUCGCUAUCCCCGACCGUCUCAGCUUUGAGGAAGCUUCAACCCUUGGCUUGGGGACAAUCACGGUGGGCCAGGGCCUGUAUCAGAGUCUGAAGCUCGCACCACCAGAUGCCCCACUGGCCCAGCCUGAGUUGGUUCUCAUCUACGGUGGCUCCACAGCCACCGGUACUCUGGCCAUCCAGUUUGCCAAGUUGUCGGGGUACACUGUGUUGACAACUUGUUCGGCGCAAAACUUUGAUCUCGUGAAGAGUCUUGGUGCAGACGCAGUGUUCGACUAUAAAGAUGCGAAUGCAGUCCAAGCCAUCAAGGAUUACGCCCAGGAUAAGCUGUCGCUAGUCUUUGACACUGUUGCUGUUGAGUCUAGCGCUAAGUUCUGUGGCGAAGUGAUCUCUAGCAAGGGCGGCGAUUAUUCUGCCCUGCUGAAGGUGGCCGUUCCUCGGGACGAUGUCCGCAGUCUUUUCACCAUAGGAUACACUGCCUUUGGUGAAGACUUUGACUUCGGCGGUGGUAUUAUCCCAGCCAAGCCGGAGGAUCGAGAGUUUGCGGGUCAGUUCAUGAGCAAGGCAGCCACCUUCCUUGCAGAAGGAAAAGUCAAGCCUCAUCCUGUCAAGCUGGGGCCACGGGGACUCCAGGGGGUGGUAGAGGGUCUGCAGGAUAUGAAGGAUGGCAAAGUCAGUGGACAGAAGUUGGUGUAUAACGUGGCCGACACCCCGUGAAUUUAUGGGCCCAGACAUGUUGGGAGGCCACGGACAAUUGUGGAGGCAACCCAGUACCUGGGUCGCAGCCAAAGGGGCCAUUUAUAAACAUUAUAUGAGAUUGUGCGUCCAGCAGUAUAUAUCCCACAUUGAAACAAGUAUGAAAAGGCACAUAUCAUUAUGUAUCUCAUUCUUGACCAUCGUAGUUGGAUGCGAAGAGGGAGUGAGGGAGAAGAUAGAGAUGAUGAAGAGGGCGGAG